AUGUUCACCAAAGAGAUGUUGACUGAGCAAUUCAAUCAAGUGGUAAUUAGCAAAGAUGAAGACAGUGGAAAAGACAUUGUUCCGUUGUCUGGAUCAGAGGAUUCAAAGGUUAAUGCCGAACAAACGGUAAGGAAGCAGAGUAAGCGAAAGAAUGAAAAUACCGAGAAAAGACCGAUGAAGAAGAAAAAAGAGUUGCAGUGGAAACGAGAGGAUUGUGCGCAGCCAGUUGGCAAAGUGAUUAAGUUUACUGGUACAGGACUUAAGAAGAAAGGCCACUACAAGAAAUUUGAGUUUCGUGGCAUAAAAUAUGAACUGGACAUUUAUAUAAUAGGCAAAGAAGGAUACGUGAAGCUUGUAGUGCAGUGGUUUUAUCGUCCAGAAGAUGUCGAGGAAGAAUAUCUCGGAAAAUGGGAAUCCAAAGAUGCAAGGGACCUCUUCUACAGUUUCCAUCGCGAUGAAGUGUUUGCUGAAUCCGUGAAGCACAAUUGCGUUGUGAAUUUCGUGCCGGAUAACAAGGAAGUCCCAGACAGUAAAGAUCAUCCUGGCUUUAUUGUGCAGAAUCUUUACGAUUUUGUUAAGAAGAAGCUGCGAAAGUUGGAGCGAAAGAUCAUCAGCUGCGAUACAUUGAAGUGA